AUGCGUUCACGGCAGCAUGACGCCCGUUGGACAAAUUUCCGGUCGCAACUUUCCGGCUGGCAACCCCUGCGCGACCGUUUCUGCUUUUACCUUGCUUCCUUCCUGUCGAUUCUACGCCGCAUGUUCAACGCCUGCCGUCGUUUCCCCGAGGACUCCUGCUCAGAAAGGCAGAAUUCAGGAGGGCUGCGCGCGAGGCAUGUACGGACUGUUUUGCAGGACGAAUGGUUGCCGCCGGUCUUCGAUCGUUUCUGCGUGUGGGAUGCCUUUCUUGCCCGAUGCCGGACAGUCCAAGUCCUACGUUCCUUCUUCCGGCGUACUAACGAAAGAAAUCGGCUGCGCAGCCCGUGCACGUCUCGACAGAAUACCGUCUGUGGAGAAAGUCGAGUCCACUGCUGGAGAUGUCCCUGGCAGGACACGGACAUAUUUUUUUCUCUCGGCUUCUGCAGGCUUCUCAGGAGCUGCGUCCUCUCCAGGUGCAUGGAGCCGUUCUCUCCCGUAUUCUUCGCGUGCUGGCACCCCUUCUUCCCUCCCGAGCGGCUUUCGUCUGACUGCUCCGUUGUCGCUCUCGUUUUGUUCUUCUAG